AGCAUGCAGGGGGCCGCAGAAGGCAGGGGGCGCGUAGCAAGCAAAGGAUCCAGCUUUUUGGCAGAAGCAGGAGUGCAGGUGUAGCAGAGUGCAAGGCACGGGCGUGCAGGGGCGCAGGCGUGCAGCAGCAGGGGCAUGAUUGUAGAUGAUGGCUGGUGCAGAGUGCAGGUGAUCUGGUGCAGAGCAAGGGAGCUGAUGCAGAGCAAGGCUGGUGCAGGAAGCAAGGCCGGGCGCAGGGGCUAGGGGCUUUGGUUCAGGAAACAAGGCUGGGGCGCAGGAGUUAGGGGUGCAGGGGGGUGGUUGGCUAGAGGUUGUUGAUGAUGAUGAAGAAAGUUCCAGAUCCCUU